GAAAGAUGAAGGGAUAUUGGCAAACUGAUGAGCGUGAAGCUUUCGACUAGCCGCCUGCGUACUGCGCCGGGAAUGGGAGACAGAUCGGGUUGUUAUCGUUGCGGGCAGGAAGGCCACUGGUCCAAAGAGUGCCCUCUAGACCAAAAUGGCUACCUCAAAAACGGUUCAGAGCCAGAGUCUGAUGGAUACGAUGCCUCGAGAUUUGGCGGGCGUGGUCACAACGGUGGUUAUCAUCCAGACUUCACUGGUGAUCCCGAUUAUGGUGGCGGCUAUGCUCCUGUACAUGUUUUUUCACGGGGUUCUGGUCACAGCAGCAUGGCGGGGUACAGAAGGGGUGCAGGAUAUGAGAGUGCAAUGAGAUACGGGCCGCACCCAGGUUAUGGCAUAAGCGCUGUUGCUGAUCAUAGCAUGGCUCGGAUGUAUGGCAGCGAGGCGGCAUACAGGGGCAACGGCUCACUCUAUGGCGCGGUACCAGCCUACCCGAUGCGACGGUCGCCUUACGACGAAAGGGAUCCGUACGGUGUUGUGGACUACUAUGAAAAGUACAGGGCCAAUUCUUACGGAGGCAGUUAUUUCGAGGAUCGCGGCGCCGUCCCCUUGCCUGCUCCAUCAACCACCUCCAUAGCUAUUAUUCGGGAACGUCUUCCCCCCUCUAGCCUUGACCCAUACGAGUGCCCUCCCCUCCCUCCUCCACCAGCCCCAGUCUCCUCAUACUAUGCACGUGACCGGAGUCCGAUACGGAGAGUCCCUGCCGAGGCAGAUGGAUACGCAUUUGAUCGUUCGCGCCUUUCCCCGGUGCUGACCCUCCCAAGAAGCACCGCCUAUGAACAUCCUCGGGAUCCCGGUGCUGAGCGGACAAGAUAUGCAUACUAAUCGGUGUCCCAUACAGCAAGAUAGGAUAGCCCAAGUGCAAUUGGAAUUACUCAAAAUUAAAUGUUACAGUGUGUCUCAUUGGUAAUAUCAGGGGGAAAGUCAGCCCUGCAUAUUUGACACGUGUGGGUAGUAUGGACAAGGUGACAAUAAAGCUUUCCAAUUUCCCAACAGCUAGAAUCCAGUGGAAAUGGUUGAAUGCACUCACAUUACGCUGUGAUCUCAUUCCAGCUUAUACUACAAAACGCUCAGUUGACCUCCGUUCAUCUUCCUAUUUACAUGUUGUGAUAUUGGUGCAGUUCUGAAAUGGCGUUUAAUGUGAAAGUGCAGAGAUUGAGUUUUUCUACAACCUGGUUGAUCCAUCCAUUUGUGAUACUGUAAGAACAAAAAAAUCUCCCCCAGAUAGUAGCUGUAUGUUCAUACAAUAUUUAUGAUUCAUUCAUUUAAUAAAAACACAUCAAAUUAAUGCAUGGUGCAUGUUUUAGAGGUGAGUCUUAGGGUUAUGUUUAUACAAUUUUAUGAAUUCUUUUGAGCAGCAUCUUGUGUAUUUCUGUCUAUUCAUUUGUAUUGAUGUAAGUUUACAUUGUUACUGCAUAUAUAAAGCAAUGGCAAAAGAAAUCUCAAUACCUUAUGCCUCAUCACCUACAUUGUUAAAUGGGAGGGGUGGGGGUUAAAUGUCAAACCUGUACAAAUAUAGACCUGCACAAAAUGAAAAAUUAUUAUACUUUUGUAGUUGGGUAAUAUGAAACCUAUUUGUGAAAUUAUGUUGAAGAACUUUCCAAGCUGCAUUGUGGUCUUGUUUUUUAGUAGUCACAUUACUUGUAUUCAAUUUAUUUUCAGUGCUGUGAUAAAUAUGAGGCUUCACGCUUUUAACACAUGUUUUAGUUCCAUGAGAAAAUGACCUCAGUUGCUUGUGCUGUCUGUCUUGAUUUCUAACUAUUAGGUCAAAAUUAAAAUCUGUUGAAAGAC